AAAGUGGGCUAUUGGACCACCGCGUCUAAACUCCAUCCCGUGAUCCGUCAGCUCCUCUUCUUAUUAUUCCUUUAGGGUUACAGCCGGCAGCCGCAGAGGAAUCAGAGAUGGGGAGGAGACCUGCCAGGUGUUAUCGCCAGAUCAAGAACAAACCAUACCCAAAAUCACGGUAUUGCCGUGGUGUACCCGACCCCAAGAUCAGGAUUUACGAUGUAGGAAUGAAAAAGAAAGGAGUUGAUGAGUUUCCUUUCUGUGUUCAUUUGGUGUCAUGGGAGAAGGAAAACGUUUCAAGUGAAGCUCUUGAGGCUGCACGUAUUGCUUGCAACAAAUAUAUGGCCAAAUUUGCUGGGAAAGAUGCGUUCCACUUGCGUGUCAGGGUGCACCCUUUCCAUGUCCUGCGUAUUAACAAGAUGCUUUCAUGUGCUGGAGCUGAUAGGCUUCAGACUGGGAUGAGAGGUGCAUUUGGGAAACCACAGGGCACUUGCGCGAGGGUGAGCAUCGGCCAAGUUCUUCUCUCUGUUCGUUGCAAGGACAACAACAGCCAUCACGCACAGGAGGCCUUGCGCCGUGCAAAAUUUAAGUUUCCGGGUCGUCAGAAGAUCAUUGUCAGCAGGAAGUGGGGUUUUACAAAGUUCUCCAGAACUGAUUAUCUGAGGUUCAAAUCUGAGAAUCGAAUUUUGCCAGAUGGUGUUAAUGCCAAGCUUCUUGGAUGCCAUGGACCUUUGGCUAGGCGUCAACCUGGAAGAGCAUUUUUGGAUGCUAUUGCUUAGGAUAUAUUUUGAUUAUCCUGUAGUUUUGAGUACUGUUUUAGCAUUUACCUGAAGUUCCCCUUUGCUUUUGUAAUGGAUCAAGUGUUGUGGAAUUUUCAUGAUGGUUGUUUGGAGAUUGUUCAAGUUUCGCUUAAUGUUUGAAUUAAUUUGAUCUUUGAAAUUA